UUGCCCUCAAAAUCCUGUGCUUUUAUCUUGCCUUGUUAAUACUAAUCUGCAAGUUAAGAGUUGCAAGAAUUGAUUUUAGCCAUUCUCCUUGGUAGAUAAUGGCUAUUAGUUUUAAAACUUACUCAACUUUACUCUGCUUAACCGUAUCAAACCCGAGAGAAAUUUAGUGGAGGACAUUUAACUACUUAAAUAUGGACAAACUGCGUAAAGCUUUAAGUGGCCGGGAAACUAUUGGUGAAGAAGAGGAAGAGAGAGGGAAUAUAAUUACCCAGACGGAGGACACGCCACUCUUGCGUGUGAUUGACAGUAGCAGUCUGAGCUGGAGCACAAGAGUUAAAGGUUUUGCAAUAUGCUUUGGCCUUGGCUUUCUAUUCUCCAUCAUGGGCUCAGCAUUUCUCUUCUUGCCAAGAGGAUUAAUUUUGUUUGCAGUUUUCUACACACUUGGAAAUAUAUUGGCAAUUUCAAGUACAUGCUUCCUUAUGGGUCCUGUAAAUCAGUGCAAGAAGAUGUUUGCCAAGACUCGAGUCAUUGCCACAAUUGUCAUGUUUCUUUCCCUCAUUAUGACACUUGUGGCAGCCUUUGUGUUGCACAAGAAAGCACUAGCACUGUUGAUGGUGGUCAUCCAGUUCUUAGCAAUGACGUGGUAUUCCCUCUCUUACAUUCCAUAUGCUCGUGAUGCUGCCAAGAAGUGCUUUGCAUCAUGCAUUGAUGUCUAAAGCGCCUUAUGAAAAGGUUUGAUUUAUCUCAUCCUAUAGUAAUGUUUUAAAUAUGAUUUUUGAAAACGUAGGAAUGAAUGAUCAUGCUCUUGGACUGUGAAUGUCAAUAUUUUAUUAUGUUAGUGUGUGAUGAAAAUUACGUUAGUCAACACUUUUGUACCAGUAUAAUCUCCAUCAAAAGUCAAGUGAAUUAAUGCAAUUUAUUCCUGCAGUGUAUAGUUACUCUUUGCUAUUAACAAGAGUUCUAUCCCAGAAAACUUCCACACCAAAUUUGUGGAAAAUUUAACCUGGGUUACAUGGGAAAAAGAAAAAGAUGCAUUCUAGAGAGAACUCCCAGGUGCAAUUUUUUUUACUUCAAUAAAACACUAUCUGAACAUUAUUAGUAGGUACUCGCACCACUUCUCAUCCAUAAAUGUAAAGUAAAAAAUAAAUUGUACACUUACCAAUGAUGUAAAUGAGAGUAAACACUUCCUUUUGUGAAGGCAGUUUUGGAAGCAUUUAGGCAAUGCAGAACAUUUGGAAGAUGCCAUUAUGAAAAAAGUUAAUCCAGUAAGUGCAAAAAGCACAGGAGAGACUAUUAGCUUGAGGUGAGCAGUCUCAGCACUCACGUUUAGCUGAUUUUUUGUUCUAAAUGCCUUCCUUGUGUAUAGAUAAUUUUUUGCUCUUCUGUGAGAUUUGAUUGUAUAUUUUUUGUAUGUUAUACCCUUUUAUCCUGUCUCCCCACUCGUAAUUUUGAAAGUGUAAGAUCUGGACAAUUAUUUGUCCAAAACUUCGAGUGUGGGGAAGAGACUAUGCUUAGAAUGAAGGUAUUUUGGGACCAAAAAAAUUAAUAUUGUAGUUAUCCCAUGGACCCAGGCUUUUCAGUAGAGUUUUGACUUUUGUGUUUUGAAUAAGCCAAAAGUAUUAGCUGCAUUUAAAUUAGUUAUUUGGAACAUUGACAUUAUUAAAGUUAAUAUAAUUCAUGAUAUAUGUGAUUUUGUUUUCAUAUAGAACUUUGACUAACUAAAAUUGUCAAGUUGACCAUUCAUAUACUUUAAUUUAGCUGUACAUGAAUAUUAUUUUGAUUUCUGUUUGCUGAGGUAUAACAAUUUUGAGAAAAUGGUAAACAUAAAUAAUAUUUUCAUUUGCAAGAUUGCACUUUUGAUGCCGAGCUAUUGCUAUGUAUGCGUAUAUAGAUAUGAAUAUAGAUGUAUGGAUAUAUAUACAUGUCUACAUAUCUAUACAGUAUAUACAAUAGUGUGUACUGUAUAGAUAUACAGUAUAUACAAUAGUGUAUACUGUAUAGAUAUACAGAAUAUACAAUAGUGUAUAAAAUUGUGUGUACAGUAUAUUAUACAAUGUGAGAAUAUGAAUAAGACUCAUCUUAAAUCGGAAAUCUUUAAGAAAGUUGUUAUAGUGAUUUAGUUUUCUGUAAUAAAGUUUAAUACUAUAGUUAUAAUAACAAUCCACUAGACCAGCUGGGGAACUGAACUAGACUGGAACACUAGACUAGGCCAGUUAGUGUUGUAAACACUUCCUUGAGGAUAGCAUCUAAGGAAUCAAAUAUCUGUAUACAUAUUUCAAUCAAAUGCCUUCAGACACUUUAUGGAUUUUUUUUUCCUUGUAAGAGGAUAUCUUUGGAGGCUAUAAAAGUGCUUGAAUAGAGUUGUUCUGCAGUUGAACAUUAAUUACAAGUUUUUGUUUUUGGAGCUAAAGCUAGCUAUGCAAAUUAUAAAUUGAUGGCAGGUAUUUAUAGAUAUUUACAGACAUCUGGAGGAGACUGUUCCACAGGGGUAAUAAACCCCUCUAUAUGAACUUGUGUAAAUGCUAGGUUGGAAGAUUUUUUUUCUUUAAAGAAAAAAUAAAAUUUAGCAUAAUAUUUUUUUGUAAACGGUAUAUUCCUGGAAUUGGUUGUUAAUGCAUUUUAGUUAAUCAUGAAUGUAAUUAAGUGAUUGAACUCUAUAUAGAGAUGACAAAUUUCAGGAUGCAGUUCUUCCUUGUCACUGGAUAUGAAUUUUGGUUGCAAAAAUUUGAUAUGGGUACGUAUAGCUUAAGCUAGAAUAUGCAUCUAUGAGGUGCUAAAUAUUCCAAAAUGGGUAGACAGAAAAAAAUAGGGUAGUUAUCAUCACAAAAUUAUGAGUUAACUCAAUGAAAUCGAGAUGGAAUAUUUGAAACCCAAAUCAUGGAGAGUAUAAGUAAUAAUUGCUGGGAAAAAAGGCAGGUCCAAAAAAACUAAAAAAUUUCUUCAGCAGAGUUGUAGAUGGAUGAAAUAGACUAAAUACAAAGAAGUGUAUGCCAAUAACAUUAGACAUUUCAAAACUAGUGUAUAUCAAAGUUUAUAGGGAGCAUGGGACAUAACGGCACAGUUCUCAUUCUGUAACACUUAGCAUGUGCACACACACAGCUGUUGGUAAUCAAUAUCCUUAGUAAUCAGAUUUUUUAAAUAAAAUAUUCCUAAACAGACUAGAUUCUUAUGAGUAAUAAUUUACAUUUACUUUACAUUAUAUUAGUAUAGUAUUGAUUUAUUGCAUAUCCAUCUAAAAAAUUUUGCUUUCCUGCUGUUCCUUUGAGAUGUACGUCCCUCACUAAAGUCCUCAGGGACUCGUGACUACUAUGACAAUUUCUCUAUCUUCCUACUGUCUUAUAUAUAGGAACUCUUUAAUAUUCUGUGACAGCUUUCCAGGGCUACUUUUUAUUUAUUAGUUGUUGCAUAUAUAUGUUUAUUAAUGUAAUUUAUUUUGUAUAAUUAUUUACAGCUUAGAAACCCCAUCUUAAAAUUACUUGCAUUAUUCAGGAUAUCAUUUUGUGAAGAAUAUAGGUGUAACUGAGCACUAUAAAAAGUUAAUAUAAUUUAAAUAGCUUUGUAGGUUAUUUGAUAUUUCUAUGAUUUAAACUGCUGAGAUUGUAUUUGUAAUAACAAAUUUUUUGUGCUAUAACAUGUUAGACAAUGAAUUAUAGGUCUUCCGUGAAGUGUUUGUGCCUUAAAAUUGUAAAAUGUACGGGUUAAAUUGUGGUAUGCAUUUAAAAUGGGCAUUCCUAAUGACUACUGUUUGGUGCAAAUGAUUUCAGGAUAUGUUUUAAGUCAAUUAGUAAUAUCCUCCAGCCAAAAAUAAUAAUAGUAUCAAGAGAUUUAAGUGUAUCAAAUUGACAUUGUGUUUAGAUAGGAUGUGAUUAUCAUUUAUUAUAAAUGAUAUUCAGUAUAGUAUUGUGAAUUUAGCAUAGACGACUGCAAGAAUCUAAGAUGAUGGAGACCGUAUAUAUUAAACUAUUUUGGAAAAGAAUUUUUCUGUUAGCCGCUUGUGAAUGGAAACGGAACAACGUCAAGUAAUUCGGUAUGUGUACAAAACUAUUCCUAAGCUAAUUAAUUGAAUCUUGAAACUCCAGGUGUGAAUUCUAGUUUCUUAUUUUUAAUACUGUAUUCUAUAGUUUUUAAUUUUUCAGAGAAAUUCUUAUAAUUUGGCAUCCAUUGGCAUAAAAUUAAGGCUCCACUGUUAGUUCCUGGUCCCAAAAUUAUUUUGUGAUGAAAAUAUUAGCUCCAGUCAGCAAUAUUCUGGCUUAAUUAUGGCAUCAGCUUAUUGUAUUUUUGUCAUUUAAAUAUAAAUUAUAAUAGUACAAAAAUAGGUAAACCUUAAUCCACAGAUAGGAAUACUGGUAGUAUUGCAGAUGAUGAGGUCCAAUAAUGUGGCUGAAGAUUUGAUGUCUAAACCACACACAAGAAAAAAAGAAAUUAUAACAUUUUAGUCCAUCCUGGACCAUUAACAUUUGUGCAAUGGAAAGAGUGGAAGAUAGACAAUAUAAGGGAAGCGAGAUGAAAGAUGGGAGGAAUGACAAGAAUAAGAGAAAAGGUAAUAAUAGAGGGAAUUGGGUAAAAUAUGGGAAAGGUUAGAAGAGGGAAAAGUGGAUAUAAAUAGGAAAAAAGGGAUAUAAAUAAGACAUUUAGAAAAUAGAAAACUUCAAGCUAAGGAGAAGAAUAAAUAUGGUAACGAAUGAGAGAGAGGAAAGAGCCUAGAGAGGACAAAGGUAUGGCAGAUCGUGUUUGUUAAGAAGGUUAGAGCAUUAAAGUGUGUAUUGUGAAAGGGACGAGUCGACUAUAACAAAGCCAGAACUAAGGUUCAUGUUGAGCAUGUGUUGUAUUGGUGCUGAUUCGACAAGACGGCGUCUGUGAAGCGUAGAGGCAGCACAAGUAGAAGUUUUUGUCUAAGAGUCUGUCAUCCUGGAUGACAGACUUACAGAACACAAAAGAAGUAUUAAUUCUGCAAACACAAACAAUGUACUCUUCUGCCAUGUUAGGGACUAAUCAUCCUGUAGAUUAGUCUACUAAAAUAAUCUUUCCUGCCUCUACUCUCCACAGACACCGUCUUGUUCAAUCGGCUUCGAUACACCAAAUGCCCAACAUGAACUUUAGUCUUGGUUUUGUUGCAGUUGACUCUUACCCUUCGCAGUACAUACUUAAAUGCUCUAACCCUUCUUAAACGUGAUCUAUAUAUACUGUAUUUUUCUUUGCUUUAGCUUGAAGUUUUCCUUUUUCUAUUUCUUAAUUAUUUAUCCCCCUGUUUUCUUCCCUUACUUUUAACCUUGACUUUACUUACCUCUAUUCUUACCUUUCAUCUUAUUAUUACCUUUUUUUUUAUCCCACCGCUUAUCUCGCUUCCCUUACAUUGUCUAUCUCUUCCACUCUUUUUAUUACACAACUUAUUAAUGGUCCAAGAUGAACCAAAAUAUUAUGUUUUCAUGUGUGUUUUGGACAUCACUGUUGGUAUUUUGGAAAGCAAAAUCUUGUUGCUGCAUAGGAUAAGUGCAGAUAAACCAAAAUUGUUUAUACACUGUAAAUUAUAUUUUAUUAUUAUAUUUAUUGAAUGUUA